AUGCAGAAAGUCAUCCAACGGGCUGCUACGGCCCGUAAGCAGGCUCAGUCCAAGGCUUUUCGCGCCCGCAAGGCCAAUGAACGGAUCGAGCGCAUGGACAGGACUCGCACCCGGAAAGACUACAACAGUGCCCUGAUGUCCAAUAUUAAAGGAGCACAGCAGGCUCGCUGGGACGACUACUACAAGAAGGAUCUGGCCCCCAUGAGAGAUGCUGGUGAUCGACCACACACCUUCGGCGCUGCGGACUCUGUCCUUUUGCACCCUCCGGCACUGCCCAAAAACAAGCGCCGCAAGCACAUCCUCUUCGCCGCUGGAGACCGAGUCUGCGUCAUUCGAGGUCGAGAUAAGGGUAAGAUCAAUGAGAUCACCCAGGUCAAUAAGGAGAGCGAAACGGUCAUUGUGAAAGAUACCAACUUGACCGAAGUCGUCGUCCCCGAAUGGGCUAAGGAUGCCAUGGGAAUAAGCCAAGACGUCAUGACCCAGCCACUACCGAUUUCGAUGGACGACGUUCGCCAUGUCGUUGCGGUGGAAGACGGAGACCUCACUAGGGAUUGCAUCGUGGAGCACGCCUAUGCCGGCCCGCCGCACUUUGAGCGCCCAUCAUACAGCCAACUCCCACGAUACACUCGCUAUGUCAGCGGAACAGGAAUGGUCAUCCCAUGGCCUCACGAGGCCGAGCCUGGCAAAGAAGUUUACGAAUCUGACACAAGAGGCCCCGAGGUCGCAGAGGCGUCCUGGGUGCCCACGUUAGAUAGCCCGCCAUUCCCUUCUAGCGUGAUCGAUGAACUCCGCAAUAAAUACUCUCGCUUCCGAACACGCCACGACCCCGAAUACGUCAAGGCCAAGGUCAUGGAGGAAUACCGACAGGAAUACCUCAAGAGCCAGAGCCUCCUCACUCCGAAGGGAGAGAAGCGAGCAUUGUCCGCUGCCAAGGGCGUUAAAGCCAAGCAAUCGAGACUGGAUGAGAAUGGCAAUGUUAUCAUGGACCAAUCAACCAAUGACUUCAUUAAUCAGUUCAUGUCAAUGAACGUGAAGUCAGAAGUGAAGAAAGCAGACAUCUAUUCAGCCACGAAGGAGUCAAACUAG